CUGAGCCCCGCUGCCGACCUCCGGCGCAUCGCCGCCCGCAUCUGGCGCAUCGCGCUAACCAUGGCCCUUUCGUCAACAGAAACACAUCCCUACCGUGUCAUCGAACAGAAUUCAUUCCCCAUCUUCGAUCGCGAUUGGGGCGCCGACGAAGAACUCCUGCUCCUCGAGGGCGCAGAGAUAUACGGCUUGGGAUCAUGGGCCGACAUUGCCGAUCACAUUGGUGGAUUCCGCCACAAGGACGAAGUUCGCGACCAUUACUUGAAGGUCUACGUCGACUCGCCGAGGUUUCCUCUGCCAAAACGAUGCAGCCCCCACGACAACGAACUGGCGAACGAGAUCUCUAGGGAAGAUUUUCAGGCCAAGAAGAAGCGUAGGAUCGAAGAGCGCAAGGACGCCGCCAAGAACGCGCCAACAUUACAACCCAAGACGAAGCCGACUGCAUCCGUACCGGCAUGUCACGAAAUCCAGGGCUACAUGCCUGGUCGCUUGGAGUUCGAGACCGAACACGCAAACGAGGCAGAAGAGGCGGUGCAGCUCAUGCAAUUCGACCCGGGCGAUGGCCUUAACCCCAGGACAGGCGAGCUCGAGCCGGAGAUGGAGCUCAAGUUGACGGUGAUGGACAUUUACAAUGCCCGCCUCACACAGCGUGUCGACAGAAAGAAGAUAAUAUUCGAGCACAACCUGCUUGACUACCGCGAAAACACUAAGAUCGAAAAGAAGAGGAGCAAGGAGGAGCGAGAUCUGCUCAACAAGGCCAAACCAUUUGCCAGAAUGACGAACCACGACGAUUUCGAGAGUCUGUGCCAAGGUCUCAUUGACGAGCUUAACCUGCGGCAAGCCAUUACACAACUCCAGGAAUGGCGGAGCAUGCGCAUUGGAGAUCUUCGGAGCGGAGAGAAAUACGAGACAGAAAAGGCCCAAAGGGCACAGAAGGCAGUGCCAAUGGGGUCCAUGGACAGGGAGCGCAUGGCUUCUGCACAAAGGUCUAAGGCAGCCGCCGUCCCCGACCCUCCGAGCGGGGCCGCCUUGCUAGUCGCCCCCGAGUUACCGAUACGGCCCAUGCCGGCGACGAAUGGCGCCACCAGCGAAGAGAGUAAGCCUCAGACCAACGGCAACGUCAACGGGGCCUCGACAAACGGUACCGUCAUUGUGGCCAACGGAACGGGCCCGACGGGUCCUGUUACACGGCAGAAGUACAUGGCGCAGGCCCUUCCUGGCGUCACACCACUCCCGCUCUCACAGGAGUCCGCGCCGGAUCUGCACCUCCUCACGCCCGAGGAAGCUAAGCUCUGCGAGGUAGUGAGGUUACAGCCGAAGCCGUACCUCAUGAUCAAAGAACAGAUCUUGAAGGAGGCUCUCAAGAGCAACGGCACCCUUAAGAAAAAGCAGGCUAAGGAGAUUUGCCGGCUGGAUUCGCAGAAGGGCGGCCGCAUCUUUGAGUUUUUCAUCAACGCGGGUUGGGUCGGCAGGGCAUAG